CAGGUGAGCCCUCACCGACGAGGCAAUCGCAACUCCACCAAGUUCAUCCGCUUUGUCCCGGUGGCAGCACAGUGUAGUCGCUGCAAGAGGGUAUUCCAGCAGCAUCAGCACCCCAGGAAAUGCGAGGAGGAGGCCUGUCCUGCAUUUGCCCUGCGACAGAUGCCCAAGUAG